AUGUCCCAUCCCUUAUAUAACCUCUAUGCCUCUGGGAAACAAAGUUCAGCCCAGGGGCGCUAUGGACAGCCGAGUAUGCAGGCAGAGAGAGACUCUCAUAAGGCAUCUCCUCAUCUUGGGCCUGGGUCCAGCUUUAGCUCUUCUGGAGUUUCAUCUGCGACUCCUGCAAAAUCUGGAGGAACAAUCCCAUCACGGCUAACUAUGCCAAUGAGCUGCAGGCCAGAAGGGAGUAAGACUUCAAUGGAAGAGGACAUAAAGAGGUCCAAACCUGUGGGCUCUGCAGAGUCUACUUCAGAAACAGCUGUGAACAUCCUUAUGCAAUUUGGACUUGAAAAAGAGGACCUGGAACAUCCGAUCUCAUACUCUGAAGAUCAGAUCACUCCUGACAAUCUGCCUUUUACCUUAGAAGUGACAAGGAAUAUCCCAGUGCUGGCCCAGAUGCAAGACUACACUGCCACUUCACCUAGGGUCUUUCCGCAUACCUGCUCUCUGUGUAACAAGGAAUGUAAUCAGAUGAAGGAUUGGGUCUCCCACCAGAAUACCAGCCGUCACAUCGAGAACUGCAAACUUCUGCGAAAGCAAUACCCAGAGUGGAACGGUGAAAUAGCAUCACCGCUAGGAAGAAAACCAGACAUGAGAGUCGUUCCCAUUCCUGCAGCCCCCGCAGUCAUCGUGACUCAGAGCGUAGCAGCGACAGGCGAAGUAGGCGUUCCCGCUCCCGCAGCCAUCGUGACUCGGAGCGAAGAAGAAAUAGACGAACCCCGAAGGGAGAGACACAGAAGCCAAUCACGAUCUCUGUACAGGUCCAGACAGAAUCGCAGGUCCCGGUCUCAUUCUGACUCCUCAUGGUAUGACCGUCCUUCCUCUUCACGAUAUCGAUCACGCUCAAGGUGCCGCGAGAGACGAUCCUCACCGAGAAGAAGAGAUGAGAAACGUUCAUCACCGAGGAGAAGCUGGGAGAGGCGAUCGUCGACUGAGAGGUCAUCUCCUAGGCGAAAGAAGUCGAGCAGCUCAAAGAUCUUGGCAAAGAAACUGCUGGAAACAUCAGCUCUCCAGUCCUUAUCAAAACAGUCUGACCUGGAGACUGUCGUCAAAACUUUGGCUCCUGCCCUGCUGGCUCAGCUAGUCAAGAUGAAGUCGUCCCCAUCAACAUCAUCAUCAUCGUCCUCACGUUCUGCAUCUCCAGAAACAACUAAAGGGACGCCUAGCACAGAGAAGACAAAGGCUGGUAAAUCUUCCUCUCCGACCAUGGUGAGGCUACAAGGGACUGAAGCUGCGGUGGCACCUAAAAAUACAGCCAAGGCUACGGAGGCUAUUGAACCAAUUAAAGGUGCUGCAGUUGACGACUCUGUGACUGCAGAGAAGAUCUCAAAGGAUCAGCCGGUCGCUGUUACCCACCCAACAUUUUGGGAGCGGAUACAAGAGCAACUGAGUCCAGAAAGAAUCCGUUGUCUCAAGACAGUCAAACUUCCCAAUUCAAAGCUUGUUUUGCUUGAUUACAAGGUGCUGUUAAUAAGCAACCUGCCAGAGUAUCACGAUGGCUGUUACGCAGAGGAGGACAUCGCCGGUCUGCUCACUCGACACAGAUUUGAAUAUUACGACGACACGAUCUACGUUAUACCACAGGCACGCAUGGCUUUUGCCCUCAUGCCGACAGCAGUGGCAGCUAAAAACAUCGUGCUAGCAUCAGAAAAACAUGAUUUUAUUCUCAACGGGUCUAAACUUCGACUGCAGGUUGAGAAGGGCAACAUUUUAAUGACGCCGCUUGAGUUUUAUAAGUCUCUGAUGAAACGGCUAUGCUAUCAGCAAGUGACUGACAAUGGAGCACGAAUAAUCUACAUCAGGAACAUCUCGCCAGGCGAGUCCCGGGAUCUCAGAGAAGCUUUGGAAAAAAUGGAUUGUGUAAGAAACUACCUGCCUCUUCUCAACAAGGUGUUUAUCGAAUUUCAGUCUCUUCGUGAUGCUGAUCGCCUUGGCGUUUGGUACAGCCUUCUAAAACGGGCCACCGGCCACAAAUUGUCAAGGCUGAAAAUACCACACGGUGGAUGUACCUCACUGCCACCAAGAUUGCCAGACAAAGCUUUGCCAGACAGCGAGGUUGCUGUUGAUGGUGCAACUGUCCCAACAGAAGAUAUUACCGUCCCACAACGCAGCACUUCACCAUAUUGGAUCACAAUGACAACUAGUCCCUUUGUGUUCCCCACUGUCUCUCCUUGGUUCACAAUCCCAGAGUAUUUAACUGUCAGUGAACCUGAUGACAUUGAGAAAGCCCAAUCUCAAGGUUCUACGUUCUCCACGAUCAUGUUGACCGGUUUGCCAGAAGGAAACUACAGACAGGAGGAUGUCACCAAGCUGGUGUGGCGUUACUUCCCUGAUCAGACGGUUCAGACUCUGUACUACAACAUAAUCGUUUUAUCACUGCAGAGGAGGGCCUUUGUGUUUUUUAACAGCUGGGAUGCGUGCUGCGAUUUCGCCAGAGAUUACCUCAAAAAUCCAGUUACUGUUGGAGAGUGGACGCUCAGAAUCCACAUUGUUUUACAAGACAUGCUUCCUGGUUCAAGUGAGGAGAGCAUGUAUAGAAGCAUGAUGAAAUGGAGCAACACUCAUGUUCCAGAGUCUGAGGCUCUGGAGGACCGGCUGCUGAGUGUGGAGGUCUCCGAGGUGAAUGUGGACCUUCUCAUGAUGAUCAUGGAAGCGGUGGCGUCCAUUGCUGCUUUUGUCAGAUUCUUGCCGCUUGCCAACAGGAUAUGCAUUGAGAUGGCCGAACCUGGUGGAUUAACACAGGUGAUGGAGAGCAAUGUCACCAAGGACUAUUUAUCUUCUUGGAGUAAAGCUGGACGUAUUGAGUCUUUGAAGAGCCUGAAACAGCGUCUGCAAGACUCUGGUGAGAACAAAGUUCACCUCAAAAUGAAAACCAAGAAGACCGCAGAAUCGACAGAUGCAGUGACCAAAGGUGACUGCCAGGCGGAGAGCCAGAGGACCGAGGAGGAAGCAGUGACCCAGCCCGAUGCUGCAGCCGCCCCUGCUGGACGGCAGCCAGAGCCCAAGUGUCCUGAUGACGAGACACAGGAGGGAGAGGAGAAGGAUGGAUGGAGCAUGGCCGACAUUAAAGUUGUGGGAAAACGCAGGAGGGAGCUUGUCGGACCUGAGGCAAAGCGAUCUCGCGCUCAGUCUCCGUGUGUUGUAGCAGAUUUCAGACUGCCUCAGUUCAACCCUAACAGCCCCAUCGGUCAGGAGUUUGUGGUCCCUAAAUCAGGAUUUUUCUGUAACAUCUGCUCUGUUUUCUGCCUGAAUGAGAAGACCGCCAAGGAACUCCACUGCUGCAGCCAGAAACACUACGACAACCUGCAGAAGUAUUAUGAGGAACGUCGACAAAGAGCUACAAAGACUUUGUCUCACACGUCUCCAGGCUCCGUUUCUGACUGAUGGACCUGAUCUACUGGAGAACAAGCCAUUGUUAUUGAUCCUACUAGUUCAGAAACUAAACUAAUCGCCUUCUGGCACCUUUUGUUGUAAGUUAUAUAUGUCUUCUUUGAUGAAUUGUCUCCCAGCCUUUCAGUUAGUGCUUCUGUUUUUGUUUGUACAGGCCGAUGGAGAGCACCGUUUUGAUCUUGUUACUAUUUUAUCUUUUAUGUGAAAAUAUUAUUGAGAAAUUGUCCCUAUUAAUUUAGUUAACAUCAGGAGGUACCUGACAGCUGUUAACAGUUUACUAAAUCUUGUUUUUUUUUUUUUUUGCUCAUUUAGAUCUUUGGCUUCAGUUUCUUUAAGUGUCCAAAAUGUGUUUGCUGCUGUUCUGUUAAACAUGAAAUAAAACCUGUCACAUGUGUGUCAUACA